AUGGGAUUCGUUCGACUUGAUCUUGGACAUGAUUCCUCAUCAGCUGAUGUCUCCCCUCUAGACCUUCGAGUUGAUAUCCUUCACUCCAUAGAAGCAUGUGGUUUUGGAAAUGUUCUAAUCGAUGGUCAACCUCUCUCACAAGCAUUCGAUUCGGAAACUUCAAUCUCGUCUGGAAAAGGUUCCAUUUCGACAUCAACAAAUAAAAUCGUAGUGGGAUCAUGGUCUUUCGAUUGUAUCGUUAUUGAUGGUAAACCACGUGGACAACUUAUGAAGUUUAUGAUUGAUUUUGUUGAUGGAAAGGCAAUUGAGAAUUCAGGGUUCUCGGUUUUGUUCAGACAGACUGGAGAGACAGAGAUUAUGAAUAUCGAAACUAUUUCCUCAGAAGAAGAUCAAGUUAUCGAGCAUCACUCAUCAUCGGAUAAGCAACAUCACAAUGGAAAGGGUCCAGAGGAAGAACAUAAGCACCAUAUGGACAAGGGAUUUGAAGAGGAAUACAAACAUCAUAUGAGCGAGGGUUCUGAAGGAGAACACAAGCAUCCUAUGGGUAACGGUCCAGAGGGAGAGCAUAAACACCACAUGAGUCACAAAGAGUUCAACAUUCACAAAGAAUUGGCUGAGCUUAGAUACAUGAAAGCUCAAAUGAAAGAGUUGAAGUAUCUCAUCCACAAAAAGAAACAUCACAUCUCAAAACACGCUCGAGAACAUCACAACCUUGAUGACAGAAUCAGAGAUUGUGAUAGUCUUCGAUGCGUCGCUGGAGUUAUUAGCGAGAAAGCUCGUAAAUUCUACGGAAGAAUCGCUGGUGAUGAGUUUGAUGAAGAAUCAUUCCAUCAUUCUCGUGAAUCACGCUCAAAGAAGGAUAAGAAACAUGGUAAAGGAUUUCACGGAAAACCAGGUAAUCAUACAUCCGGAAACCAUACUUCUCCACAUGUGCCUCACGGCAAGAACAACCAUACCGGUCCACACUUCCCUCCUCAUCGACACCAUAUUCUUCCAAUUUGUCAUUAUCCUCCACCUUUUGAUUUUCAUCCUCGUAGUCCUCAUCAUGAUGGACCACAUGGACCACCACACGUACCUCCCCAUGGACCUCCUCCACAUGAAUUCUGUCCUCAUGGAUUCGAACACGGAAGACACCAUGAAAUGCAUCCUUUCCAUGAUGAUGAAGAGGAACAUGGACCUUGGGAAGGACGACCAAGACACCAUGAUGGACAUCAUGGAGAUGAUUCUGAAGAGUUAGACAGACCUCACAGAGGACAUAACAAAUUUGAAGAUAAAUUUGAAGGACCUCAUGGAAAACAUACUAAACCACAUCAUGAACAAGGACCACCACCAUUUGAAGGCCCAGAUUUCGAUAAUCCUGAACAUCAUCAUGAUGAACAUCCACACGAGGGACCAUUUGACGGACCUGAAUACAACGGACCACAUCAUUCACAUGAAGAACCAUUCGAAGGGCCAGAACAUGAGGGACCCCACCACCCACACAACGAAGAACCGCACCACAGCCCACCUCACAAUGGUCCGCACGAAGACCAAGAACCCUCCUUCGACACCCCCCUCCCUCACUCCUCCCCCUUCCACCCCGCCCCCCAAAGCUCGCAUCCUCCUCCACCACCCCACUCCAAACCCGAACACUUCGACAGCCCUCCCCACCACCUCGAAGAUGAUUUCUCAGGCCCCCCUCCCCACGGCCCACCCCACUUCCCCCUCCACAUCCUCAAAUUCAUCCUCAUCGGCUUCCUCCUCUCCCUCCUCCUCAUCACUCUCCACCGACGCACCCGCCACCCAAAAUCUCAUUCUACCCACCACCCACAUCUCAACCCCCGCUCUCGUCGCCGCGGCACCACUUUCAGAACCUACUGGAACCGCAUCCUAGGCCAAGAAGAAGAUUUCGAAGAAAAGAUCGAUUACUCUCCGCUUCCGCUUCCGAUUCCAACUAUGAAAGUGAAAGCGAAAGUGAAAAUGAAGACGAAAACAACCCCUCCGAAUUCUCCAUCAGCCGAGAUAUUUCCUCCUUCCGCAAUGCAGCGGAUAUAG